GCGUCCCUUCCUCUACAUGUUCAAUACCGCAGCACACACACUCCUCACUCUUUAUAAGCACCAACCCCCUCCCUUGAAAGAAAAGAUCUCGCACUCGAAGUAGAGAGGAGCUAGGAGAGAGUUUGAUUAGCUAGCGAGAAGAUAGGCAUCCCCUUCAUGGCUGGCCUGAGCGUUCUCCUAGAGACCCACGAGAGCAACUCCAUCAAGGCCAAGAUCAUCAGCAAGGCCACUCUCCAUAGCCCCAAGAUCUCCUCGUCCCCUUGGUCGCCGGCAGCGAGGCCCACCGCAAGCACGGGUUCCUUCUUGCAGCGCUGCUUGCUGUGCCACAAGGAUCUAGCCGAGAACAAUGACAUCUACAUGUACAGAGGUGACAAGGCGUUCUGCAGCGUGGAGUGCCGGUGCAGGCAGAUCUUCAUGGACGAGGACGCCGGCAGCAGCUUCUGCGCCAAGGGCGCCUCCACCGCCGCCGUGCGGUCCGACCGCCGCGCCAGUGCCACCGGCGGCGGCGUGAGCUUCGCGUUCUGAUGUGCUGCCUCCAACACCAAGCAACCGGAUGCACUUAGUGCUAGCACGUAACGUACGUGUGCAAAAGCAAGAAGAAAAGAAAAGAGAGCGGUUUAAAGAAUGGAGUUAAGUACUACCGCCGUUAUGUGACAGCUCGUCGGCAGGGGCCCACAGGCGACGGGGAGCGUACGUGUCUCAUGGCCGUACCUAACGGAUAAGAUGGCCGGACAGCUGGCCCCACCUGACGCGGAUCAGGAUCCAGUAAACUGACGACACUUUUUUUUAUUCUUUUAUUAUCAUAUCACGUCUCUCCUCUCUUCGGUGGGGAUUAGCUUCUGCGCGAAGAUCAACUAGAACUUACUGUUAAUCAUGGUGAGAGGAUGAGCUGACUGAGGCAGCUUGCAAUCUUUUUGUUGGUAGCUUACCACGUCAGCCGCUUGGUGGCUGACUGAGGCGGCUGUGGAUGUGGUUGUGUGAUACGUACAAGGAUGGAGUGAUUGGGAUAGAGAGUUUGACAUGCCUGGCGCCUUGCGAUUUUGUAUUCUAUUUCUGGGUGUAACAGUGCUAGCCGGCAUUAAUUGGUGUAUGUGGUUUGAAGCUUUGGAUAAGAAUUUUGCGUUAAUAAUGGCAACUCCCUCUUUUUCAUGCUUUC